ACAUUCUGUUUCUGUCUGUGCCCGAGAGAAAUGUGUGCAUAGCAAAGCUUGUGGACGCAAACAACCACUGAAAUACAAUCAACAAGCAUAGAUAACAAGUUACAUAUCUUCAAGUGGAGAAUAUGAAGCGGUUAUGCAUUUGUGAAAUCUGUAACUGUGGGCGCCACCGCUGUGCACAUCGUCCCACUGCACUGUAUGCAAAAGACAAUACCUUAUGCGCGCUGACAGAGUACAAGGAGAAAUACCCGACACAUGAGGGUUACAAUGCCCCUACCAGCCUGAAGCCCAAGCAAGCCUAUCGGAAGGACCAGGGAAGGAUGGAGGGCACCACAACUUUCAAGUCUGACUAUAUUCCCUAUGAAGUGUCACGCCGACCUGGUAGACAACAGGCUGAAUAUAAACCCUACCCUGGAGAGUUUGAUCUCGACACAACAUACAAACUUGACUUCAACCCGUAUGAGGUGCAGCCAUUUGUCCCCGUAAGACCCAAAGAAAGACCGCAUUCAAAAGGAGGGAAGCUGGAUACCCUACCAACUUACAAAGAGGAUUUUCGGCCAUGGGAGAUCAGCAAGAGGGAGCUGACCAAACCAGAAUUUACAUACCAGCCUCCUUCUGCAAAGUUUGGAAACGCAACAACAUUCCAGGAUGAUUUUGCCCCGAGAGGCUUGGUCCCUAGAGAGAGCUUCAAACCUCCCAACAUGACCAAGAUGUCCGACGCCCCUUUCGAGAGCCUCACCAGCAACCGCAUCUCCUUCAUAGCCCACCCCCUGGAGGCCAGAUUCGUCAAGGCUAAGGAGGAGUACAAGCCCAGCAGCCAGCCCUUCCAGGAUCACACCACCCACCGCGCCGAUUUCCAGGGCCUCCCCGGGCAGCUGCCCAAAAGCUGCAAGCCCGACUUCGGCAAGGUGGCCUCCGACGCCCCCUUCAGCGAGAGCACCGAGUUCCGCGACAGCUUCCAGCAGUGGCCCGUCUCCCUGCCCCAGAUGCGGCAGCAGGCGGAGUACGUGGGCCCGAGCGUGCCCAUGGACCUCAGCACCACCUCCCAGGGAGACUUCAUCAAGCAUGCCGUGCAGCCGUUCGUCUCCGUCAAGCCCCUGCCGCGCUCCUCCAAGUCCUCCGCUCCCUUCCAGGGCAACACCACCAUGAAGGACGACUUCAAAGCCUGGUCAUCACGGAGGCAGGAGAUGAUCAAGAGGCCGGAGGAGAUGAGGAAGAACAGCGGGAAGAUGGACACGUUGACCACGUUCAAGGCUCACUACACCCAGCACAAUGUCCAUCCCCCGACCAGCUGCAAGCCUGCCAACGCCCCUAUGAAGUCCGAAGCACCGUUCGACGAUGGAACCAUGUAUCGCAACGACUUCACUCCGAAGAAAAUCACUACGUGCCCUGCGAGCUUUGACUCCCCGCCUGGUUUUGUCUUUGAUAACAGCGACGAGAGAGGCCACAGGUUCUUCCACAAGCUGUUAUCUCAAAACGGUAACAAGAUGGCGGUGGCUUCCGAGAUCCAUACUCCAAAGGAAGUGGCUGUGGUGUCAUAAACUUUAAUCAUUUUUAAAGUCUACCAAUCAUGCUUUUUCAUUUCUCCCCAAAUUAUUUUUAUUUGGAUACUGGCCAUAUUUCUUUUUGUUGGCUUAGCUUACUGUAAAGUUGGACUUUGUCAGCGAUAGAAUUCCAAAGAUCAAAGCAAAUUACCCCCUAGAGCAAUAUAAUUGUGCAGAAAAGUCUAAAAAUAAUCUUCACUUAUUGUUUAGAAUAAUGCAUCAAAUGUUUUGCAACAUUAGUCAGCCA